AUGGUUUCUCUGCAAGCACAAGCUCCUGGCGCCGUGGAUCUCCAGGCCCAAUCUGAUAUAUGCACCAAGGUCCAUAGCUUCAAAAACCCAAACAGACCACCUCCAGGAGGUGCACGAAGGUUUAAGCCAGCACGUCAGAUGUUGGGAGACGAAAUCAAGUACCUUCAAAGCAAACUGAAUAUAAAGUUCGAUACCCCUACAUACGUCUCUGUGGCUGCUCCACCCAGCUUGAAGCCUGCAAAGCAUUAUUGUGACAUUACAGGACUUCCUGCUCGUUACAAAAAUCCCAGUAACGGAUUGAGGUUUUACAAUGUUGAAAUAUACCAAGAAGUAAUCAAGCAUAUGCCACCUGGAGUGGACCAGGAGUACUUGAGUUUGCGUGGAGCCAACGUUGUAUUGAAGUGA